UGGCCCAUUUUAUCCUCUUCCUCUGUUCUCCACGUCGCCCAUCAUCCUGACACUGCGCUCCCAAGUCGCAAGUCGCUGACCAUGGCCUCUUCGUCGUAUCUGCACGACUACUCUCACCUCUGGUCGCGGUCUCUGACACCACACUGGCCCUCUCCUCCCUCCCCACCACGACGGUCCGCAACCUCGUCGACGCAAGAUGCCCGACGUCAACAGCACGAGGCUGCCUUGCGCAACUUGGCGCAGGCGCAGGCUGUUCAUCGACAUGCUAGAGGGGAGCAUUUGCCUGCAAGAAGACGCGGAGGGACAGCAAGAAAGGAGAGAAUAAGGAUGGCGGAGCGCGAUGCAGAUUGGACCUGGAGUGGAGCAGGGGUAACGGAGCAGGAGGGGAGGGAGUUGAGCGAUGAGGAGGAGACUAGAAUGACUUGGGUGACUGCCUGCGGACAUCGAUAGACCACUCCUGACAGCGUGAAGACCUGACUGACAUGCUUCACCGCCCGCACCUGCAGCGUGAUAAUCUACUCUCCUAUGGACGCAACGACAUCGUCGUCCUUGGGCGAGGCCGUACCACAGCCGAAGAGCUGCGAGAUCAAGAAGAUCGAGAAGCUCUUGCUCAGACACACGCAGCCAACGCAGCUGCGAAUGGUCACAGCGGCAAUGCCUCUGUAUCAGGUGUAAGACCGGCGAACGGUAGGAGGACCAGCAGAGGUACGGCCACAACGACUACAGCUGCGGCUGCGAGACGAAGGGGAGGGGCAGGGGCGCGCGGUGCUGAUGGUGCUGGACAGCGGCGGGGGAGUGGACAAAGCGCAAACAGCGGGGACGGCGAUGCGUCUCCCACAGGCGCAGGCGCUGGUCCACCAGGUGGAGACCCGUACGCGGGCGAGUACACUCUCGAUGACGGGGAUGCGGGAGGCGCAGGCGGUGGUGGCGGGGGAGUGGACCUCGAUGCUGGAGUGGAGACAUUCGAUUGAUGUGGCCUGCGCUUGCGCCUUCGUAGGCUUCUAUUGCGCUGGAUAUUAGCUGGUGGCAAUCAUGGUCUAUCUACGACGUUCUGCUACGACUCGAAGGAGCUCUACUUCGUACGUGUAUCUAGCUCUUACUCUCUCUAUACCCCUCUAGUCAAUCAUCGCAAUUGCAUCACCCCCUGCCGCCCUCUCAAUCCACCAAUUGAAAGCUGAUU